AUGUGUAGACUUGGAGUUCAAACAUCUGAUUGGAUAAGGUAACAUCUUUGACUUUGAUUCAGCUUUCUAAGUUGUUUUGUUACAUCAUGACUUUUCCUGAUAAUUUUUUUGUGCAGUGUGGAUGACUGGGAGAGUAAGCAGGCUGGUUGGACACAGACAGCCAAAGUUUUGAAACAUUUUGCUGAAGAUGUUGUUACUAAAUUUCCAGGUAAUUUACAGUGUGCUGUCAUAUAGUAUACUGACCUGGUAGAGAGAAAAUUGACACUGAUAACUAGCAAAUGAAAGAAAACUUUUUUUGCACUUUCUCUGGUACUUAAAUCAGUACUCUGAGCCACAGGUUUUAAUGUUUGGGUAGAAUUUAUUAAUUAAGGUGAUGAGGAGGAAAUGAUUGAAAGCCACUGUAAAUUGCUGGCUGGUUUUUUUUUCUCAUGGGAACAGAGUUUGCUCAUAGAUCUUAUCGAACUCAGCCAUUGCUUGAGAUUUGAAUCCAAGGGAAAGAAGCAAUAGCUGUAAAACUUUGUAGAAUGAAGCUUCUAGUGUACUAGGAGUAUGGCUGGUUGUCCUUGCAAUGGUAGUCCUUCACAGGUUCCCUGCCAGUAUUUUAUAAGGUUUCCUUGAUGAUUCCUUUGUGAUUCCAUUGUACCCUUGGGUGGAUAGAGCACAGUAAGGGUAAAUAGUCUUGACUAAGAAUACAAUGAUCCUGGCUAGGUUUUGAACUCAGAUAUUUUGGUUCAGAGUUUAGUGUGUUACUCAUUAGAUGUACAUCAUGUCUUCAGCUUCCUACGCAGACACUUAAUGGGUCUUGUCACACUUUUUGUAAACUAAGAGAGGAAUCAUGAAAAAGCCCCUAAGAAUGUCAGUGUGAGAGGCUUCUUUAUCUCUCACACGAGUUUAAACAACCAGGUUAAUUAAACAAUAGAACAAGACUACUUUUCUAAACUUCCAAAUCUCAGACCACUCAAAAUAAUUUUUAUUUUUGUGAAAAAGAUUUUUUUUCCCUCUAGGGUCCAGUCCCCCUACGGUGAAGUUACUUUGUGGAGCUGAUCUGUUGGAAUCAUUUGCUGUACCCAAUCUUUGGGCAGAUGAAGAUGUAAGUAGUAGAAAUCCACAUUAAGUAUUUGAUUUGGUUUAGGGAACCAUAGUGCAAAUAAUUUUUCAUAAUAAGCUGAAUAGAAUUUUGAAAAUUAUAGCAUUGUUAUUGAAACAAACUUUUCAGAGAUAAGACUGUUUUUACAAUGUUGAACUCAACCAUUUAAUCUGUUGAUUCAGAGGCACUCUUUCAGGUGUUCUCAUUUUUCUGUUCUGUUCGUAAAGAAACAUCCUAGAGAAGGCUGUUUUGAGUGGUAAUUAAUACACUUGGCACCCAAGUGAGAUUGGGUAGAUAUUUCUUAUGCAGGUAAUUGUGAAUGGGGUAAUUAUUGAACCUUUUCCAUUGAAUUGGAAGGAUGACUCUGAGGCAAAAGGUGGUGGAUGGCCAAGCAACUUCAAUAUUUCCUAUUUUUGUGAACAUUUUAAACCUUCCUUGAUUGAUAAUUUGACAAGUGAUAGUUACUAUUAUAUAAAUAAAUGUCUAGACAUAUGUUUUGCUUCUCAUGGUGAGCAGAUAGAAGAAAUUGUGGGGAAACAUGGUCUUGUUGUCAUAUCACGAGUGGGAUCCAACCCGGAAUCUUUUAUCUAUGAGUCAGAUGUCCUGACAAAAUACAUUGUAAGUUUAUAUCAACUUUGUCAAUUUCAGUGAUAUAAAUAUUUCAGUCUAGAAGGUAAUUUUUCACUCAUUAUAGCAUUAACCAAAGAAAAGAUGUGCAUAUGCUUUGUGGUUAUAGAACUUUUCAUUAUUGAUUUCCGUAAUUAGUGGAUAUGUUACUUGUGGCAGAAAUCUGUGAAAGGGGCUUCUUAUUUAUGAUUUCUUGUCUGGUAUAUAAACAGAAAGUGUGAUAUACUUUAAUAUUCUUUUUCAUGCUCAAUAGAAUAAUAUUCACAUUGUCACCGAGUGGAUAUCAAAUGAUGUUAGUGCAACAAAAAUAAGGUAAAAUUAAUUUAUUGAUUCUGUUAACUUAGUGAGGCAAGGAUGGCUUUGUGACUAGUUUACUUGACUAGUAAAAUAACAUGAAUUGUGGCAACUUCAAGGCUGACAUUUAAAAUCUGUAAUCCAACAUCAUUACAGCAUUAAGCACACAGAGGCAAAUCUUUUUUUCUGAGUGAAAUCCAGUUUUGGCAAUUAUUCUGAUUCUCUUGGGAAAAUGUUUACCCUCAAAAACUAGUCUUUUUAUUCCAGUUAACUAAGGCAACCACUGAAAAAAUAGUUGAAGUAUAUUUUUUUCAUGUAAACUCAUUAACCUCAAUCUUAUGCAGAUAUGAAAAUAGUCAUUUCCUACUUCUGCAACUGUAAAUUCAUGAAAAGAAAUUAUUUAAUCCUCUACAUCCUGAUGUCAGUAUGCGUAUUCUGCACACUGUUUCCUUUCAUUUGCUAAGGAGCUGAAAAGGGGAAUUUGUUUAACAGUCAACAACUUCUGUUGGUGAUCAUUUCCUUUGAUUUCAUGACCUUCAUGUUUCAUUCUGGGAUGACAUUUUAGGGAGAAAUUAGAUGUUUGUCACUCUUAGGGGGAAAAUAACUUAAGGGUUGAUAAAAACAAUACAUGCUUAUUAAAAUAAUUGUUGUUCCUCUCAGGAGAGCUUUAAGAAGAAGUGAAAGUGUCAAGUAUUUGAUUCCAGAUCCUGUUAUUGACUACAUAAAGGAAAACAAGCUGUAUUUUCCAACAAAGUAGCAAGAAGAUUGAAGAUAGGAGUUAGUAACAUUACUUUCAACUCAACAGAGAUCAGUGAGUCAGAGCAUCAAAAAAAUUAAUACUUGUAUUUUAUUUAGGAUAGGAUGUACAGUGAAAUGCAUGUGGAUUUUUUCUUCAAUGGAAGUACAAACAAAUUAGAUACCAGGAAGCCUGAUGUAGUAGCACACAUCAGCUCCAAGAAAUGUCAGUUAUAUUCAUGAAAUCAGAGUCAGUCAGUGGAGUAGAGCAAAUAAGUAUAACCUUGGGUUCCAGCAUUUUUUCUGAAUGUAAAAACUGGGACAGAGAUUGAAUCAUUUUACAUGAGAUAUGAGAUAGGUGUACUUCUUUAUUAAAAUAAUAUUUGUAAACAAGACUUUUUAAUUUAUUUUUGGUUUCUCCAGGGUAAAUAGAGAAAAGAGCUUAGUUUG